GUGGGCGACACGCGUUUCACCAUCCUCAAGCGCUACCAGAACCUCAAGCCAAUCGGCUCCGGCGCGCAAGGGAUCGUAUGCUGAUGCCGGGUAUUGUUAGACGAGUAGAGAUGAUUCAGUUUUACUCUGUGAGUUUCGGUGACACGGUGUUCACUGUGCCCACACGGUACAGCGAGCUAGUGCGGCGCGGCGCCGGCGCGCAGGGCAUGGUGUGCGCGGCGUACGACACGGUGACACAGCAGAACGUGGCCAUCAAGAAGCUGUCGCGUCCAUUCCAGAAUGUAACGCACGCUAAGCGCGCUUAUAGAGAAUUCAAGCUUAUGAAACUCGUUAAUCAUAAGAAUAUCAUCGGCUUGCUGAACGCGUUCACGCCUCAGCGCAGCCUCGAGGAGUUCCAGGAUGUAUACCUGGUGAUGGAGCUGAUGGACGCCAACUUGUGCCAGGUUAUCCAGAUGGACCUGGACCACGAGCGCAUGAGCUACCUGCUCUACCAGAUGCUCUGCGGCAUCAAGCAUCUCCAUCUCGCAGGCAUCAUACACAGGGACUUGAAGCCGUCUAACAUCGUGGUGAAGAGUGACUGCACGCUGAAGAUCCUGGACUUCGGUCUGGCGCGCACGGCCGGCACCACAUUCAUGAUGACGCCCUAUGUCGUCACCAGAUACUACCGCGCGCCGGAGGUGAUCCUGGGCAUGGGGUACACGGAGAACGUGGACAUCUGGUCCGUGGGCUGCAUCAUGGGGGAGAUGAUCCGCGGGGGCGUGCUCUUCCCCGGCACAGACCACAUCGACCAGUGGAAUAAGAUUAUUGAGCAACUGGGCACGCCGUCGGCGGCGUUCAUGGCGCGUCUGCAGCCCACCGUGCGCAACUACGUGGAGAACAGGCCGCGCUACGCCGGCUACAGCUUCGAGCGCCUCUUCCCAGACAUACUCUUCCCCAGCGACUCCAACGAACACAACCGCCUCAAGGCGUCGCAAGCUCGCGACCUGCUGUCCCGCAUGCUGGUGAUCGACCCCGAGCGCCGCAUCUCCGUGGACGAGGCGCUGCUGCACCCCUACAUCAACGUCUGGUACGACGAGGGAGAGGUCAACGCGCCCGCGCCGGCGUCCUACGACCACUCGGUGGACGAGCGCGAGCACACCGUGGAGCAGUGGAAGCAGCUCAUCUACCAGGAGAGACAGUGCGCGUGA